CAAAUGGAGAUUAAAAUAAAGUGAAAAAAUAUCUUUGUUAACACUUAUUUUGAUAGUGGUGAGUCAGGCAGUGGCAAAACAGAAUCAUUCAAGUUAGUAUUGAAUCACCUUGUUCAGCUCUCGUCAGCAAAGAAAGAAUCUAAACUUCAAGCACAAAUUACCAAUGUUCAGACAGUUCUGGAGUCCUUUGGUAACGCUCGUACAAGCCUAAACACAAAUGCGUCUCGAUUUGGCAAAUACUUGGAGUUACAAUUUAAUGAGCGGGGCCGUAUGGUAGGUGCCAAACUCCUCAAUUAUUUGUUGGACAAAUCUCGCAUUACAUCCUGUCCUGGCAACGAACAAACCUUUCACAUUUUUUAUCAACUCCUUGGUGGAGCCUCAGCAGAAGAGAAACAGAUCUUGCAACUAAACGAUGACUUGCAUUACAAAUAUAUACCCAGGCAUAUGGCUGCAUCAGGCGGCGAGGCUAGCCAAUUCAAGGGCCUCAAACAAGCAAUGAAGGCACUUGGGAUCAACAAAAAAUACCAAGCCCGUAUUUGGCAAUUCCUAGCUUGCUUAUUACACCUUGGUCAACUUGAAUUUGAUCAUGAUCCUACAAUACAAGAAUCAGCAUUUGUCAGAAAUUCAGCCACUUUAGAUCUUUGUGCCGAUUUUCUUGGUGUAGAUCCUCGCGCUUUAGAAGGCAUUAUGACCUACAAGACCCAACUGGUAAAAAAAGAUGUAACAACAGUCAUUUUAGACUCGGCUGGUGCUGCUAAGCAAAGAGAUGAAAUUGUCAGAGCAUUAUAUUCAUUGUUGUUUACAUGGCUGGUGGAGUACAUAAACAAGAAGUUGUGCUGCGACAAUGUGCAUAAUUUUAUCGGUAUAUUAGAUCUACCGGGGCCUAGAAUCCAUUCUGCCGAUUUCAACUCUUUCUGUAUCAAUCUUGCCAAUGAACGUCUUCAGAACUUUUGUCAACGCUCUAUCUUUGAGGUCGACAUUGAAGAAUACCGUAAUGAUAAUUUGACGAUACCUGAUGUACCUUACUUUAACAACCAAGCUUGUGUUGAGCUAUUGACGAAGCAUAAGCACGGUCUAUCAGACAUUGUAAAUCAUCAUGCCAAAUCUGCUUCUUCCACAGACUUGAGCAUGCUUGACACAUUUGUAAAAUACAACAACAAUCAUGCUUCCUUUGGUGUUAAGCAAUCUGAAACUAGCCAACGACAUUUCUGUAUUCAGCAUUUCGCAAGUCAAGUGACAUACAACCCUAAUGGAUUUUUAGAAGCAAAUAAGAACAUGCUGAAUGCAGACUUGGUGCAAUUGAUAAGAGGCAGUGAAACCUCACCUGCUUCAUAUAAUAGUUUCGUUCUGGAACUCUUUGCAAACGACUCAAUUCAUACUGAAACUCAUCCAAAACAAACAAACGCUAUUAUGAAUGCUCAACAGCCCGUUGGACCUCUUCGAGGACCCUCAAUGCGUAGGACUAAAUCUACAAAACGCAAAAGAAACUCAGUAUUAGAGCCCACUAUAAUUGAAGAAAUCCAACAAGAAAAACCAUCAAAGCCAAAAAAGAAUGUCUCUAUGGUUUUAUCUCAACUCAACAUGGCUUUAGAUGACUUGUUUGUAACUCUAGAUGAAACAGUGCCUUGGUUUGUUUUUUGUAUAAAGCCCAAUGAUAAUGCAGCGCCCAAUCAGUUCGAUAGUCAUCGUGUUCGAACCCAAAUUCGAGCCUGGGGUAUCCCUCAGAUAUGUCAACGUUUAGAAGUGCAUUAUACUAGUUUUAUGUUCCAUGAAGAGUUCUUGGAAAGAUACUCAGACAGUCUAACAAGUCUUGGAAUAGACAAAUCGACAAGCGCAAAAGAACAAUGUGAGUCUGUUAUAUCCUUAUCAGGGUGGACAUCAGACCAAGCCAUUUGUGGCGAAUCAAAGAUUUUUUUGAAUGAAGCAGUCUGGCAAAGUUUAGAAAAUAGGCUGCGAACAAUAGAAAAAGCAGAACAACGCAAAUUAAAAGAUGAGAAGCGUGUUACUGAGAAUAUGGCCACACUCGCUACCCCUAUGAUUAACAUGGAUAGAGAUCAAAGCUCGGAUACUCUAUCUAACAUAUCAUUUGGAUCCAAUACAGACUUUUUGUUGCCUCCUGGAAACAAGCAUGGCCAACUGGACUAUUCGGAUCGUCGACACAACACGGCUGCCGCUGCCGCUGCCGCUGCUGCUGCAGGCCUUCCCUUGCCACCAGGAGCACCAGGCUCCGUCUACACAGAUGACCAACGCUCUUUCCUUUCAGAUGAUGAGUUUCAUAACUAUCAACAGCCCGGUAGCUAUCACGAUUCAGAAUCACAAUAUGGCUCUGAAAUCUAUGGUAGAACCAAUAAUGAAUUAAAAGAAAUGCUUCCUAAAGAUGUGAUCGAAGAAGAGGCCCCUGCAGACGAUGACGAGCAAGUAUCCAGUGUUCGUCGCCACUGGCUGAAUUUUGUUUGGUUCAUGACUUGGUGGAUCCCUGCAACAUUUUUGGUAAUGUGUGGUAAAAUGAAACGUCCUGAUAUCCAGAUUGCUUGGCGUGAAAAAAUGACCUUAUGUAUGUGUAUCUUUUUGACAUCUGGUUUUGUCAUUUGGUUCCUUGUGUUUUUUGGCUCGUUGAUUUGUCCUCGUCAAGAUGUCUUCUCAGUUUCUGAAUUGCAAAGCCAUUCUAGUUCUGAUAACGCUUAUAUAGCCAUUCGUGGCGAAGUGUUCGAUUUAACUAAAUUCGCUCCUCAUCAUUGGGCUGCUCAAGUUAUUCCAUCGUCAGCUAUUCUAUCUUAUGGUGGCAAGGAUGCUUCUCAGUUAUUUCCUGUGCAGGUCUCUGCUUUGUGUUCAGGGUCAACUGGCACAGUAUCCCCCUAUGUAUCGCUUGAUUACAACUCCAAUGUAACAGAUCCUAAUGCUGAAUACCACAAUUUUCUACCUUAUACGGGCGAUUCUCGUCCUGAUUGGUAUUUCCAACAAAUGACUCGCUUGAGACAAAAUUACAAGUUGGGCACAAUGGGCUACACUCCUAAAGAUAUUGCAAACCAAGCUACAAACCCUGUUGACUUGAACGGUAAAAAAUCAGUGCGUCAUUGGGCUAUUUUGAAGGGUAAUGUCUAUGAUCUUUCAGUUUAUAUUUCUGGUGGUCGUCGAUUUCUUAUGCCUGAAGGAAUGUCUCCACCUAGUAAUGCUGAUUUAGACUUUUUGCAUAAUGAUGUUUUCUUACUGUUCAACCAAUAUUCUGGUCAAGAUAUCACUGAAAGAUGGAAUGCACUUAACUUAGAUGCUGGCGUGAAAGCAAGGCAAGAAGUUUGCCUAAGAAAUCUUUUUUAUGCCGGUGCCGUAGAUCAACGUAAUUCUGCUCGCUGUCUAUUUGCAGAAUACUUCCUUUUGAUUGUUACUGUAUUCUUGUGUUCCGUCAUUGUCUUCAAAUUUUUAGCUGCUCUUCAAUUCCGUGCACGUCGGGAACCCGAAAAGCAUGAGAAGUUUGUUAUCUGUCAAGUACCUUGUUAUACAGAAGGUGAAGAAGAACUUCGAAAGACAAUUGAUUCUAUCAGUGCAUUACAAUAUGACGACAAGCGCAAAUUACUCUUUAUUAUUUGUGAUGGAAUGAUUAUCGGCGGUGGUAAUGAUCGUCCUACACCUCGUAUUGUACUUGAUAUUUUAGGUGUGGAUCCCAGUAUUGAUCCUGAAGCCUUGUCCUUCUUCUCCGUUGGUGAAGGCCAAAAGCAGCAUAAUAUGGGCAAAGUGUAUUCUGGCCUUUAUGAAUGUCGUGGCCAUGUUGUUCCUUAUAUCGUUGUUUCAAAAGUUGGAAAGCCAACUGAAAGGCAAAAGCCAGGCAAUCGAGGUAAACGUGAUAGUCAAUUGAUCUUGAUGAAUUUCCUCAACAAGGUUCAUUUCAACUCACCCAUGACGCCUUUUGAACUUGAACUAUAUCACCAAAUCAAAAAUGUAAUUGGUGUCAAUCCCAGCUUUUAUGAAUACGUACUUAUGGUGGAUGCUGAUACUGAAGUUAUGCCUGAUGGUCUGAAUCGCAUGGUGUCUGUAUUUGCUCAUGAUGCCAAGAUUAUUGGUCUUUGUGGUGAGACGGUUUUGUCAAAUGAGAAAGAUAGUUGGGUUACCAUGAUCCAAGUCUACGAAUACUUUAUUUCUCACUAUCUAAUCAAGGCAUUUGAAUCUCUUUUUGGCUCAGUCACUUGUUUGCCUGGUUGUUUUUGUAUGUAUCGUAUACGUGCUCCUCAAAAAAACCAGCCUUUAUUGAUUUCAAACCAAAUUAUCAAUGACUAUGCCAUCAACAAGGUUGACACAUUGCACAAAAAAAACUUGCUUCACUUGGGUGAAGAUCGUUACUUGACCACUUUGAUUCUGAAGCACUUUCCUAACUACAAAACUAAAUUUGUAUCUGAUGCAAAAUGUGCUACUGUCGCACCCGAUAGUUGGAGCAUUUUGUUGUCUCAACGUCGUCGUUGGAUUAAUUCUACUAUCCACAAUCUCGGUGAACUUGUGUUUUUGCCACAGCUCUGUGGGUUCUGCUGUUUCUCUAUGCGAUUUGUGGUUAUGCUUGAUUUAUUCAGUACGUUAGUUCAACCUGCUAUUGUGGGCUAUCUUGUCUACUUGAUUUAUACCUUGGCUACUUCUACUUCUGGUGUACCGGUGAUGUCUAUCCUUACUAUUGCUGGUGUUUAUGGUCUACAGGCUAUUAUUUUUAUCAUUCAUAGAAAGUGGGAGCACAUUAUUUGGAUGAUUGUAUCUAUAUUUGCUAUCCCUGUCUUUUCUUUCUUGAUCCCUAUUUAUUCUUACUGGCAUUUUGAUGAUUUCUCUUGGGGUAAUACUCGUGUUGUCAUGGGUGAUAAAGGAAAGAAGCUUGUAAUGGCGAAUGAAGGAAAAUUCGACCGCAGAAGCAUUCCUGUUAUGACCUGGGAUGAAUACGAAAGAAGCAUGUAUGAAGAUGAUAUGAAUGGAGGCGCCUAUUUUGAUGACAAUGCGUCAAUAGGAUCUCGGAGCUCGUAUCGCUCUGGCUAUAGUCAGGGCAGUAGAUUGUUAGGGCAUCCUUUGAAAUAAAAUUGAUAGAGAAAUGAAAAUACAAUUCAAAGCAAAAAAAUAAUAAAAAAAAAAGAUUGAUACAUUAUGAAGCUAUCUGGAACGUACUCAAACGAUUGCUUUUCACUGAAUAAACUUGCUUGAUAAACAAU